AUGGUGGCCGCUAGGUUGUGUGUUGGUGCACUAGUCUUUAUAGGGUUCGUUGGUGCCUUCGCCUUCAGCGAUCACAAUACGAUCGAAAAAAGUUUUGUCCAGGCACAGCACGAGUGUGUGGCAUAUCUAAACCUUCCAAAGCAUCGGCUCUACCAGUACUUGGUGAACAAUUAUUCAAACGAUGCUAAAACCAAACUAAUGAUCCGCUGCGUCGGGUUGAUUUUGCGCUGGUGGAACUCGGAAGGAACGCUUAACGAGCAUGUAAUGGCCCAGUACUUCCUACCAGACCCUGCAGAUUCAACUUAUUGUGAGCGUACGCGCAUGUGCAUCGAGAACAAAGCUCCGGAGGGAGAUGAACUGUGUGAUCGUGCGUUCGAAACGUUCCAGUGUUAUUUGCAGCAGUACGGAGAGCUACUGAACUGUCCCAAAGUAGUUCCACUGAGUGACGAACGGCUUGCCGAAACGAUGCAUUUUUGUCUGGACGUGUUGAGUUUGCCGUUGUCUUACUUCGAGAACUAUACCAGCUCGGCUGAACUGUUCCUUGCCACAGACGAGUCCCGUUGUUUGCUCCGAUGUUUCGUCAUUCGAACCGGACUUUAUUCUGACCAUCACGGACCAUUUGCCGACCGGUUUAAGCUACAGUUUGGUCCACCCAGCUCGGAUGCCUACAACAACGAUCUAGAAGGGGACUACUGCGUAACUCGACUACGCCGGGAAGGAUAUGACGAAUGUUCGCUAGCUGCACGCUCUCUGUACGAAUGUUAUUACUUUGCAGAUACUCUACUGCCCAUAUUUGAACGUAUAAUACCCAUUUUAAAGCUUGUCAUGUCCGCGUCAUCGGACGAAGCAGCGAUAAAGUCAAACUGUUGUUCAUCAAGCAAAAUAAAACAAACUGAAUAG